AGUCACCGCGCGGGGCGGCCGCCCGUGAGGUAGCUCUCACGGCUUGUGACGACGAAUAAAACUCCCGGACAGCGGCGCCCUCAGCGACAGCUGGGUAGGCAGCCCCGGCCUGGUUCCUCAGGCGCGACAUGAGCCCAGUCUGGCCUGCGCGGGAUGCUCCUUGAACCCGUUCUCCGAUUGUUACCUCAGGGGACGAUUUUGGCCACAGCAACACGUAUUUUCCAUAUAUAUCAUUGUUCACUCGCGGCGGCAGCGGGGCUGAACACCUUUAUUUUUACUAUUAUAAGCAAGCAUCUGCCCAGCAUUUAUCCAGUGAAACAACUUGUUUGCCGGCUAUGCCUCCAAGAACCUGGGGAUCCUGAAAAAUUAGGAGAAUUUCUUCAGAAAGACAAUCUUAGUGUGCAUUAUUUCUGCCUUAUCCUGUCUAGCAAGCUGCCUCAAAGAGGCCAAUCCAACAGAGGUUUCCAUGGAUUCCUGCCUGAAGACAUCAAAAGGGAGGCAGCACGGGCUUCUAGGAAGAUCUGCUUUGUGUGCAAGAAAAAAGGAGCUGCUAUCAACUGCCAGAAGAAUCAGUGCACUAGAAACUUCCAUCUGCCUUGUGGCCAAGAAAGGGGUUGCCUUUCACAAUUUUUUGGAGAGUACAAAUCAUUUUGUGGAAAACAUCGCCCAACCCAGGACAUCCAGCAGGGGAAAGUGGAGCAGGAAAGCUGCGUCUUGUGUUGUGAAGACUUAUCCCAGUCAAGUUUUGAGAACAUACAGAGCCCUUGUUGUAGUCAAGCUAUCUACCACCGCAAAUGCAUUCAGAAAUAUGCCCACACAUCAGCAAAGCAUUUCUUCAAAUGUCCCCAGUGCAACAAUCGAGAAGAAUUUCCUCAAGAAAUGCUAAGAAUGGGAAUUCACAUUCCAGACAGAGAUGCUGCCUGGGAACUCGAGCCAGGGGCUUUCUCAGAGUUAUACCAGCGCUAUCAGCAUUGUGAUGCCCCCACCUGUUUGUAUGGACAAGGCAGAGACAGCUUUGAGGAUGAAGGGAGGUGGGGCCUCAUUCUGUGUGCUACAUGUGGAUCCCAUGGAACCCAUAGGAACUGCUCCUUUCUUAGAUCCAACAGCAAGAAAUGGGAAUGUGAAGAGUGUUCAUCAUCUGCUUCACUCACAGACUACAUAUCUGAAAAUUCAAGUGACAUCCCCUCCUGCAGCAGCACUUUACACCCCCAGGAACAUUUCUGCAGAGACACCAGCCUGGAAGACAAUCCAGGCCCUUCUUGGACUAGGUGGCCAGGAGCUUCCUUAUUAGAAAAGCCAGACUCCUCUCAUAGCCAAAGUGGCCAUUCCUGACAGUCCAAGGGUAUCGAAAUCACUAAGAGCUACAAAAAAUCAAAAUAACAGCUUUUGAGUAGUUUCUGUCAAGCAUAUAUUGGGUAUGAAGCAGUGCUGCUCGCUGUGAAGUUUGGGGAAAGGAAAACUUUGGGCCAGUGAGAUGAAGGAAAGGGGCCAGCCCUGAGAUUAGAGCUGAGAAAAAGAAGUCCCAGGGGAGCAUGAAGAGAGCUCAGAGUCCAGAUGCCAACAGUUGAGCAUGUGUGUAACCAUAAGAAAUCCUCUGCUCUUUCUCUCCAAGUCAUUCUCCUCUUCUUCCACCCAGAUUUUUCCACCUUAAUCUGGUAUUCACAGGCCCCUUCUUACUUCUUACUCAUGUUUGUUAUUAUGCAAAUAAAGGUUUUCUCUCCA